AUGUCGAGUCCCGCGACUGGCCAGUCCGACUUCUUCCAGCAGCAUGGUGACGUUAUCUUCCCCGUCCUCGGUGUCCUCGGCGCCAUCGUACUCAUCGGCGGAUGCUACAUCAUCUGGCGAGGCCCUCACCGAUCCUUCCUCCCUACCUGCCUCUCGCGCCGGAUGCGCAGAAACCUCGCCGAUGGAGAUGGGGAUAGCGAGAAGCGGACGCUGGGCGUACGGACGGGCGGUGCCGGAGGCCAGGGACCGAUGGCUGUUGGGGUCUUUAUUCCUCGGCGAGCAGAGAGGGGGAGGCAGGGGACGCCAGCAGAGCGAGCUAUGAGUCGGGCGGAUGAGUUUAGGGAGCAGGUGGUGGCCUCGCGCAGAGACGCGAUGGGUUCAGGAGCGUAUGCCCAGGGGACCGAGGAGCAGGGUGGGAGAUGGGCGAAGGAGGCAGGGGAUCAACGUCCAGCGAGAUCAGCGCAAUGGGAAGGGGAGGAGAGGCUCGUCGGUCAUCACCAGCACCAGCACCCACAGCGCGCAAACCAGCAUCCCUACGAUACCACCCCGGCAUCGUCGGACCAUCACCUCCCACGUCAGCUACCCUCGGUCCACCCCGUCCCGUCCGCGCACUAUCCAAAUUCCAGCCCUGCUCAUCGACCAUCGGAUACCACCAGGCAGGCCGGAUCGAUGCAGGUGCGCGAUGCCCGCUCGAACCCUGCGGGCGGGAACGCGUACACUCACCGCAUGGAGGAGGCGCAGGACUCGAAUAUGUGGUAG